GGGGAUGGCGCUGCUGGCCCUGGCCCUGGAGGGACUGGCCGACUUCGGAUUCGUCCUCUUCUUGGUGCUGUGGCUGAUACAUUUCAUGGCCAUCAUCUACACCAGAUUACACAUCAACAAGAAGGCAACUGACAAGCAGCCCUGUAGCAAGCUCCCAGGUGUGUCUCUUCUGAAACCCCUGAAAGGAGUAGAUCCCAACCUGAUCAACAACUUGGAAACCUUCUUUGGAUUGGAUUAUCCCAAAUAUGAAGUGCUCCUUUGUGUACAAGACCAUGAUGACUCAUCCAUUGAUGUCUGCAAGAAGCUUUUUGGGAAAUAGCCAAAUGU